AUGCCCACUUUCUACUGCUUCCCCCUUCUCCCCGUGGAAAUUCGUCAACGCAUCUGGGAGCUGGCCAUGGAGCCCCGUCAGAUCGUGUAUGGCGAAGAACCUCCUUCCUACUAUCAAUGCCCCUGGCCGUCAUCUGCGCCGCCGCCGCCCCUACUUCACACCUGCGCCGAAUCCCGGACACAUCUCCAGCGGUAUUACGCCAAGGCAUUCGCCACGGAAAAGGAUCCCGAAAAAUACGCUUGGGUUAACUUCGACAUCGAUACCUUUUACCUGAACCAACGGGCUCUAGGAGAACUCGGUGCUGAAUGCCCGAUGGUCCGCAAGCUCAUCGUUCUUGGCAUAUGUUCCGACUCGUUUUACGAAACCUACCGCUGGCGAUUACGUGAGAUGAAGCAUUUGGAAACGGUUACCAUUCUUCACAUGGAGUCGCCAGAGGAAAUAGACGACCGGUGGUGGGGGGAAUGGGACGACAUAAUGGAGGGCUACUAUUUCCGUGACGACCCUGUCCCCUUCUACACGCGGAUUCUCUACCCCAAACACCCGCCUUACGAGAUUAACCCGGACAACUACCUGAAAGUUGAGCGAGAUGCUCGGAGGAAGCGGGUGGCGGAGAACCCCGACUGGUUCGAGCCGGGCUACCAAGUAUCUGACUCGGACGACGACGUCUGCGCACCAGGCCGAUUUCGGCUGGGCUACAUCCGCCGCGUCGAGGAUUGA